AUGGCUACCUUUGGCGCUGCUUCUGCGAACGUCAACCCUAACCGUUCCACUGAGGUGGCGCAACCUCCCAGUGAUUCAGUAUCAAGUCUAUGUUUCAGUUCUAAAGCAAAUUUUCUGGUCGCUACUUCAUGGGAUAAUCAGGUAAGAUGUUGGGAGGUAAUGAAAUCAGGAAGCACAAUCAACACUGUUCCAAAGGCAUCAAUAUCUCACGACCAUCCGGUCUUGUGUUCGGCUUGGAAGGAUGAUGGCACAACAGUCUUUUCUGGAGGCUGUGACAAGCAAGUCAAGAUGUGGCCGCUGUUAUCUGGUGGUCAGCCGGUUACUGUUGCCAUGCAUGAUGCUCCUAUUAAACAGCUCGCUUGGAUUCCAGAAGUGAAUCUUCUAGCCACUGGCAGCUGGGAUAAAACAAUAAGGUAUUGGGACUUACGGCAGCAAAAUCCAGCUUUGAUGGUGCAGCUUCCUGAUCGCUGCUAUGCACUUACAGUGAAACAUCCUCUUAUGGUAGUUGGAACCGCUGAUAGAAAUCUUAUAAUCUACAACCUUCAGAACCCUCAGACAGAAUACAAGAGAAUUGUAUCACCCCUCAAGUAUCAGACCAGGUGUUUAGCUGCUUUCCCUAAUCAGCAAGGUUUCUUGGUUGGUUCAAUUGAAGGAAGAGUUGGUGUACAUCAUCUUGAUGAUAACCAAGCAAGUAACAACUUCACUUUUAAAUGCCACAGGGAUGGCAAUGACAUUUACUCAGUCAACUCACUAAAUUUUCACCCCAUAUACCAUACAUUUGCUACCUCCGGGUCUGAUGGAGCCUUCAACUUUUGGGACAAAGAUAGCAAGCAGAGGCUCAAGGCUAUGCUGAGGUGCAAUCAACCAAUACCUUGCAGUGCUUUCAACAAUGACGGCUCCAUCUUUGCAUAUUCGGUGUGUUAUGACUGGAGCAAAGGAGCUGAGAACCAUAAUCCAUCAACAGCAAAGACGUACAUAUACCUACAUCUUCCUCAGGACGCUGAAGUCAAAGCCAAACCACGUGCUGGAACUAGCGGCAGAAAGUGA